AUGGGUGCUGAAAACGAUUCCUCAAUCGGAUGUUCGGAAGAUGCCGAAACACGAUCAUGUCCCGGUGAUUUAGGUUCAAAUAACUUUUCACAUCAGCCUAGGAGUAAAUGGAGUCACAUGCGGCAGGCAUCGCAAGGCGUCCCACCGCGACAUAUGGAGCGGCCUCCUCGACGAAAUAAAGAAAUUCGAUUGCCAGCUCAGCAGCACGAAUUAAUCGAAAGAGAAAUGGACAAUCUUGUCCAGGAAUCCCUUUGCGGGAUUGGCUCCUGGAGGCCGAGAUGGAUUCAAUUUCUCGGAAAUCGAAUUUGGAUGCUGAUCCUUCUUUGUUGGUAUUGCACAAUGCAGGGAAUGGUAGUAAACGGUUUGGUUCCUUCGGCGAUAUCCUCAAUUGAACGUCGUUUUCAAUUCAGUACAAGCCAUAUGGGACGAGUUGUCCAGUUCUACGAUUUUGGAUAUGUCCUUUUCUGUAUUCCGGUCUCUUACUUUGGAGGUCGCCACAGUAAGCCCGCCGUUCUGGCCGCUGGUCUCGCCUUGAUGGCGUCGGGCUCAAUGAUUUUCUCCGCACCACAUGUGCUAUCGGAUAGUUAUUCGACAUCGCAGCCUAACAUCUCCUCAGGAACGUGCUCGAUUGAGAAUUUCUUCUCAAAUGAAACAACAGCUCCUGAAGCCCUUGCGGUUACUCAAUGUAAAUUGGAGAGCCAUGUUUCGCCGUCGUCAAACAACAACUGGUAUUUCAGACUGUUCUGUCUGGCACACUUCCUUCACGGUAUUGGAGCAACUCCAUUGUUUACAAUUGGUGUCUCAUAUCUCGAUGAAAAUGUUGGGCCUGCUUUGUCGUCUUUAUUUGUUGGAAUUUUCUACUCAUUUGCUGUAUUCGGACCUGCUGCCGGAUUUCUUAUGGCAGGAGCAUUCCUAAAAUAUCACACCGAUUUCUGGCAUCUUCCUCCUGAGCAAAUUUUGAAGGUGAGCUCUGGCGAAACUGAUCCAACAUGGGUUGGAGCUUGGUGGCUCAGCUUCAUUUUUGCAUCCUUCUUUGGAUUCCUAGCCGUUGGGCCGCUCAUGUCUCUUCCUAAGGUUUUACCAAUUUCUUUGAAAUGGCAUAGAACUCGUCUCCAGGAAGCAGCACUUUCAAACAGAAGGAGAACUCCAGAAUGUUGUGGGCUCCCAGUAACUAAUAAAACUGCUGCAAUUAAUGGGGAUGCUCCAAUUCCUGAGCAAGCUUCUCUGCUGUAUUCCUCAAUUCCAGCUCGAGGAAAAGGACCCAUUUGGUACAAAAUUUGGUUAGAUGUUCGCCACAUUCCAAUUGCUAUCUACCGAAUCCUCACAAAUGGACCAUUUAUGAUCAUCACUCUUGCGAUGGCUAUUGAUAGUUUAGUCGUCACUGGAGCAUCUUCAUUUAUGUCAAAGUAUUUGGAGCGUCAGUUCGGUGUGGCUCCAAGUAAAGCAAACGUGCUCAUUGGAUCCAUUAUGGUACCCAUGGCUGGUUUUGGAUGCAUGGUUACAGGCUAUAUUGUGAACUAUUUCCGACUCAACAGUGUCAAAAUGUUGAAAUUCGCAAUUGCUCUUCUCUUAUUAUCACUGAUGUUAACUCCCAUGUACUUGAUCUAUUGUCCUCAUGACCCCCUCGUUGGUGUCGAUUAUAAUUAUCCGGAUAUGGAAAACGAUCCGUUCAAGAAUCUGACAGAAAAUGGGGAACUUUCAUUGAUGGCGAAAUGCAACAGCCAUUGUCAAUGCGAUCCAGAAGAAUAUCGACCAGUUUGUGCAGAAUUUGAUGACAAUACUCAACUUACGUUCUAUUCGCCUUGCUUCGCAGCAUGUGCGGAACCAUACUCGCCAACGAGAAAAACGUAUACACAAUGCAAUUGUGUAGGCGUAAACAACACAUUGAAAAUGAAAACCGUCAAGAAAGGUUCAUGUGAAACGAAAUGUACUGGCCUUCUCGGAUUCCUUAUGCUUUUUGCUCCAUUGUCAUUCUGCACAUUUGCUGUGGCAGUCCCUGUCGUCUCAGUUAUCUUGAGAACUGUUGACUAUAACGAGCGAUCAUUUGCUUUGGGAAUUCAAUGGAUACUUAUUCGGAUGAUCGGAACCAUUCCAGCUCCUGUCUUGUUCGGGUGGAUGUUUGACGUUUCUUGCAUCAAAUAUCAAACGGAUUCCUGUGGAAAUAGCACUAAUAAUAAUUGCCUUCUCUACUCGAAUCAGCUUCUUGCCCACCUUUUUAUGACCUUUUCUAUAAUUGGACAAGCACUCGCCAUGGCGAUACUCACGUGCGCCCUGAUGUUCUACGGAUCAGUUUUGAACGAUGAUACAGAUGCGCCCCAAGUAAUUGAUGCAGCAUUGGAGGCAAGUUUGGUUGAUCGAAAAGAGCUUGAGCCCGAAGAAAAACCAGAACAUAAUUAUUAA